AACAAAUAAUUAAAGUUUCUUUUUCUUUAGUGUUAGCGUUAUGUUAUUUUUUUUAUUAUCAAUUUAUGUGGUACGAUGUGGUGCUGAAUAUAAAGGAAGUGGUGCCAUAUACAUGAAAAGAAACCAACAGGGUGAUAAAGUUUCUCUUGGAACAUUGAAUAAACUUACAAAGUUGCAGUGUGUACACGCAUGUAUUAAAAACAAACGAUGUUCAUCCUUUAUUUUCGACAAAAAAGACAUACAUCUUGGAGAUUGUGUUUUACAAGAAAAAAAUGAAAAUAUCCAAACUUCUAUUUUUCAAAUAGAACACAGCUUGCAAAACUAUGAAAUAUUUGAAAGCUUUUCUUUAAUAUAUAGCAGCUGUCAAGAAGGGUACGAAAAUGGAAAUAGGUUGUCAGGUAAUUACUUUUUAAGCAAUGAAUUGAACUGGCAUUUUUGCAAUAUGGGUGAGCUUAAAAAUUGUGGAGUUGGAGGAUGGACGUUAGCGAUGACUAUUGACGGUAAAAAGCCAACAUUUGCAUGGGACUCGCCGUAUUGGCUUAAUGAUGCUAUUUACAAUGUUGAAAAAGGGUUUUUAUCACCCUUUUUAGAAGAAGCAAAAUACCCAGCAUUUUCAUAUUUAGAAUUUUCUGAAAUAUGCCUUGGCAUGAAAUCUGGUACGAGCGAAACCUCAUACAUGAAAAUUGCUCGUUCUAAUAAAAACACUUUAAAAAGAAUUUUCAACGAUAAAUUCACAAGUAUUGAAAAUGGACGUGAGUCGUGGUUAAAACUACUUAAUGGAUCAAAACUUCAACCUGAUUGCUCAGGAACAAAUAAUGAAGGAUUUAAUAUACAAGGAAAAGCAGCUAAUCUUAGACUUGGUAUCACGUGCUAUGACGAUAAUCCUGAAUGGAGCGACUCCUGGGUUGGAUUGGGCGGUCAAGAUUUGUUUUGCUUGGAAACUGAGUCUAUGCAGGCACAAUCAUCUGCGGGGAAUCAAUGUUGCUCAAAUGAGUGCAAUGAAUUUUCUUUGAAAGCAAUGGCUUAUUUAUUUAUAAAAUAAAACGCUCUUUUAAAUUUUACAGGCAUUUUUAAAUUAUUCUUAGUUUAAAAUUUUCUAAGAUUAAAAUUUAAUAAAAAUUUUCUAAUUUAAAAUUAAUACCAAUCUAUAUAUAUAAAGUAAGAAGAUUUCAGAAGAUUUUAUGCUUUUUACAGAAAAUUGCAAAAUAAGUUUCGGCAGCUGUUAUGAUAAGUUUUAUGAUAUAUAAAUCAAUUAAUGUAAAUUACACACAGUAUGUAAAUUAUCCGUAUUAUGAAAAAUAUAUGUAAAAUAUCAAAAGUAUG